GCCCAUGUCAAUACUUAGGUCUUACGUUCGCUAUCAUCAUUUAUCGUAUCUACAUCAACAUUCAACAUCAAUUUCUAUUCAAUCGUAAAAUAGAUUUGACGUUCGGUGUUCAUUAGCUAGUCACUCAUCCAUUUACCGUGCAGGGAAUUGCUCGUUGACUCUCAUUCUCUAAAUUUUUCCACUAGAUCGUUUUUUUCAACAGCCAACAUGUGUCGAAAAUUUUUUGUUGGAGGUAACUGGAAGAUGAAUGGUUCAAAGAAAGUCGCCGAUGAACUACUCAGCAAUUUAGUAAAAGGACCUUUGGACCCUAAUGUUGAGGUUUUGAUUGGAGUACCAGCAAUAUACUUGGAUUUCGUCAAAGAAAAAGCACCAAAUAACAUUUAUGUUUCUGCACAGAAUUGUUAUAAAACUGAAAAGGGAGCAUUUACUGGAGAAAUAAGCCCUAGUAUGUUAAAAGAUAUCGGUAUUGAUUGGGUGAUUUUGGGUCACUCUGAACGUCGGCAAAUAUUCCAAGAGACUGAUACUCUCAUUGCUGAAAAAGUAAAUCAUGCUCUUGAGUCUGGACUGUCUGUUGUUGCAUGUAUUGGUGAAACUCUCGAAGAACGUGAAGCUGGACAAACUGAAGCUGUUGUAGCUAAGCAAAUUAAAGCUAUUAAGGAGAAAAUAUCCAACUGGGAAAAUGUAGUUAUUGCUUAUGAACCAGUCUGGGCAAUCGGUACUGGUAAAACUGCUAGUCCUCAACAAGCUCAAGAUGUCCAUAAAAUUUUGAGAAAAUGGUUAGCUGAUGAAGUAAAUGAAACUGUUGCCAAAACUACACGCAUCAUUUAUGGUGGAUCUGUGACUUCAUCUAAUUGUCGAGAAUUAGCUAAAGAAUCUGAUAUUGAUGGGUUUUUGGUUGGAGGUGCAUCCUUAAAACCAGAAUUUGUUGAUAUAGUCAAUGCUAAUCUUUAAUAAGUUUAAAUCAUAAAUUUAUUUAUAUAAAUGUACAUUAUUGUUGUUUUCUUGUAAACGUAAUGCAAUAGGUAUCUAAUUUAAUACCAUUUAGAAUUGAUCAAAGCAACAAUUUUGUGAAUAAAUGUAUGUUUGUAUUUGUGUUAAA